GGCAUGUAGGGACCACUAUGUUAGUCUUGCUCUGCUCUGCCCGCCCCAACCCCAAAAGAAAGGACCUACCCUAAUCACCCUUGUCCGUAUCCCAAGAGAUUGAUACUCUCUCUCUAGUCCACCAUUUUUCUUCUGACCAACAAUUUCGAGUUCUCGACGAAUUACCGCUCCAGAAAUCGGCCUGCUCCUUCUGCUGAGUUGUGGUUAGGUGAGAACGAGGAACUCGUGAAGAAUGGGGAACUGUUGCUCCGACGAGGCUGGCGGCAGGUCGGCCUUCGGCGGUACUGGUGCUUCAACUGCCGGCGGCGGUGCUAAUGAUGCCGUUGAUGAAUUCCUCAGGUACCGCGGCUUCCAGGGACUAUUCUCUCAGAUCGAGUUAUCUUUUUCUGCAACGAACUUACGCGACCGGGAUAUGAUUUCCAAGAGUGAUCCUAUGGUGGUUGGCUAUACAAAAGGAAGAGAUGGGGCCCUUACUGAAGCUUUUCGUUCCGAGGUAGUCCUCAAUUCAUUGAAUCCAUCAUGGAUCUCAAAAUAUACAGUCACGUUCCAGUUCGAAGUUGUUCAAACUCUGGUGUUUCGUGUAUAUGACAUUGACUCUCAAUUUCACAACGUGGAUGUUAAGAUGCUUAAGCUAGAGGAACAACAAUUUCUGGGUGAAGCUUCCGUCAUAUUGUCUCAGAUUGUGGCCAAGCCGGACAGGAUCUUGACCUUAAAUCUUGUACAAAUCGAAGAUCCAGGCCAUCCUCGAAGCAGUGGACAGCUUAUUGUGCAUGCUGAGGAAUGCAUUAGCUCAAAAACUACUACUGAGAUGACAUUAAGGUGUUCAGACUUGGAAAGCAAGGAUAUGUUCUCAAAAAGUGAUCCUUUUCUGUUAAUAUCAAGAGUUACCGAGGGUUCGAUGCCGAUAGCUGUGUGUAAAACAGAGGUGCUAAAGAAUGAUCACAACCCUAUCUGGAAACCAAUUUCCUUGAACAUUCAGCAAGUUGGAAGCAAGGACAGUCCAUUGCUCAUACAGUGCUUUGACUUCAAUAGUAGUGGCAAACAUGAUUUGAUUGGGCAAGUAGAGCUUUCCCAUUCCCUUCCCUUUGGGAUCUGUAUUUGUUCUAAUUUCAUGAAUGUUGACAGUACUUAUUCAUUUGUUUGUUACAGACAGAUUCAAAUCUCGCUAGCAGGUUUGGAAAAGCUUUGUUCUAGCCAGGAAGGACUUCAUUUGUCUUUGGCAGCAGCUGGGCAUAAUCAAAGUGCUAAGGUGCUUAAGAGCCAGCUUUGUGUGGACAAGUUUUCAGAGAGUACACAACACACCUUUCUUGAUUAUCUGAGAGGGGGAUAUGAACUGAAUUUCAUGGUGGCUGUAGACUUCACAGCUUCAAAUGGAAAUCCCCGGCUCCCUGAUUCUUUGCACUAUAUCGAUCCCUCUCACAAUAUGGAUUUGUCUAGUCGACCAAAUGCGUACCAGAGAGCGAUCUUGGAGGUAGGAGAUGUGCUGCAGUUUUACGAUUCAGAUAAACGAUUUCCUGCCUGGGGAUUUGGAGCAAGGCCAAUUGACGGUCCCGUCUCUCAUUGCUUCAACUUGAAUGGCAGCAACUACAACCAUGAAGUGGAGGGGAUCCAUGGAAUUCUGAUGGCAUAUUCAAGUGCUCUCUACAAUGUUUCUUUCGCAGGGCCCACCCUUUUUGGACCUGUAAUCACCAAGGCAGCAAGCAUUGCGAGCAAAUCCCUUGAAAAUGGAGGGAGAAAGUACUACGUUUUGUUGAUCAUUACGGACGGUGUCAUAACAGAUCUUCAAGAGACUAAAGACGCCAUUGUGCAAGCAUCCGACCUUCCCCUCUCCAUCCUUAUAGUAGGUGUCGGAGGAGCUGACUAUAAAGAAAUGGAGAUUUUAGACGGCGAUAGAGGAGAAAGACUUGAAAGCACAACCGGUCGGGUUGCCACGCGCGAUAUAGUUCAGUUUGUACCAUUGCGGGAUGUACAGAGUAGGACAUCUAUCUAUCUAUCGAUCUGGUCUUAUUUCAUCUUCUCAAUCCAACUAGUUUCUUCACUCCAGAAUGGUCUGACCAUCCUCUAAUUUGGUCAUAUGCAGAUGGAGGGAUCUCUGUUGUCCAACAACUUCUAGCAGAACUACCCACCCAGUUUUUAUCCCACGUGCGGGCCAGAAAGCUUCAGCCACAUUCUUGAUCUGAUCUCUGCCAGGGGGAAAAAAGGUGUACAUAUGGAAAUUAGUUACUAAAAGAGAGACACAGACCCAGCUCUGGGGUUCUUACUUGUUUGUCGAUGCUAAUACCAAAACGGGUUUCCGGGGUUGGGUUGUAAACAACGACAACAGAGACGGGGAAGAGGGGUGGUGUCUUUUAAUAUUAAUUUUUGUUUUUGUUUUUGUUUUUGUUUUUGUCAUGUCUUGUUGUUGUGCUUUUCUAUUCUUGCUGUCUGCUUGGGAAGCGGAUCAAAAUUUGAUGAACUCGAGGAGACUGUGCGACCGAAAGGAGGAAUUCAGCGGAUUUUGCCGGUGUAACUACACAAAGGCAUUUGUUUUGCUUUUUCUUUAAUUUCCCCCACGCCUGUAUUUUCGUACCCAGCCUGCCCAUUCUCUGCCGUUGAAUUUUUGACUCCUGGUUUGGGCUCCGAUUUAUAUUCUGUGGACUUGUGUUGGGGUGAUUGGAAUUUGGAAGUAGACCUUUGAGUAACACGGUAUUGCAAUUUUCAACGUCUGACUAUUGACUGG